AUGUUCAAAUAUCCAAAUAGUUUGCCAAAGCUGAUACCUGUGGUCAGUCUUGCUAUGUUAUGUCUAUCUCUAGCACAUAUGGAGGCAACAAUUAUUGAUGAAAAGCAUCCAGUGGUGAUAUAUUCCUCUGAAAGAUUUUGUAUAGUCCAGGUACCAGAUGUACCCAUAGACGGUCAAGAUUUAGAAUACAUUUUGUCCGAAUUGAGUCACACCUCAUCUGAAAGCGAUCCCUUUGCUGCAGCCGAGAUUUAUAACCCGGAAGAUCCGGACUAUCAUCAAACUUGUGAAGUUAAAAGCUGUAAAGGAGAUGUGUUCAGUUCCUGCUUUCAAUGCUCAAUUUUGUUAUGUUGGAAGCAUUUUGAGGAUGAUACCCUAUCCUGCCAGGACGGACACAGGACAGUACAGAGCAGUGUACUUAGCAAAGAGAAACAGGAAGAGAGGCGCCCUGAAGAUUUUUUUGUAGAAGGUUCCCAGGCAGAAGGUGAUAGGAAAAAAAGUCAAAGAAGAUAA